UAGUCUCUCCCCACACCAGCCAAGUUAGCAAGCACUAUACAGAGUGCUGUCUUCCUUUCCAUUCCAUCUCCAGGCUGUAGAACCUUCAUUUGCAGUUCUGUUUCUGAGAGCUUUACUGAUUUAUCUUCCUUCUCAAAAUAGGCAUUUGUUUCCUGCAUUUCUGAAGAUCUCACUCCUGGACCGCUGUUGAGGAAGCCACCCGUGAGGUUUACCUAUAUUUUAAAAGAUGGAAAGUAAAUACAGGCAAGUUGUUCUGCUGAAAGGAUUAAAUCGCCUCAGAACCGAGCAGCUUCACACAAUUAUGUUCAUACUGGCACCAGAUUUAAAAAUUAAUAAGGACAUGCAAGACAAGUGUGACAGAAUUAAGAUUGCCGACUUAAUGGCAGACAUGUUCCCUGUUGAUGCUGGAUUGAGCAAACUAAUAGAAAUAUUCAAGGAUACAGAAGAACUUAAAGAUCUUGCUAAAGAGCUGCAAACAGAGAAGUUAAAAAUUGUGAAGAAAUAUAAAUGCACAUCAGCAAAAGAAACACCACCAUUGAAAAAAAAGAAUCCAUGUGGAAUGGAUGAUGCUGCAUCUGCACCAGCCACAGGAACUAUUACCAGCACUCAAGGAGUGAAGAAGACUGCAGCAGCUAAGAAAAUACUUGAAACAAUCAGACAAAAUCCUGGAACCAAAAGAAAGCAGGUCCCUGAGGGGCAGGCUUGCCCUCCCAGUCUUGCAGAACCCAGCACAUCCACAGACACGGACCAUGUCCCACCUCCACAGAUCUCAUCAUCAACACCAAAUACUCCUUCCACUAAGAAAAGCCGCCAUCAGUUGGCUGCCAGACAAAGGGAGCAACCAAAGGACCCCAAAAUAGUGAUGGUCCUGAAAGCAACAGGUACAUUUGAAUAUGAGAUUUCAGAAGAAGAAAAAGGCAAAAUGUUUCAUGCAACAGUGGCUACGAAGACUGAGCUUUUCCAAGUGAAGGUGCUUGACACCAGCCUGAAAGAGCUGUUCACAAAAGAUAACGUCAUUAUUAUCUCCAAUUACUUCAAAGAAAAAGGAAUCCUGGAGAUAAAUGAGACAUCAUCUGUGUCUAAAGCUGGUCCCGAUCAAAAGAUAGAGAUCCCCAACGACAUUAAGCGUAGAGCAACUACAAGCCCCACAAUUGCACAACUCCAAAGACAAAAAACAGGAACGAUAGUGUAUGGGUCCUUCAAGCUGCACAAGAAAACAGUGAGAAGGACAACCACAACUUAUGAAAUAGAAGAUAAAACAGGAAAGAUGGAGGUUGUGGGAAGAGGACAAUGCUACAAAAUGAAUUGUGAGGAAGGUGAUACACUUCACCUCUUCUGCUUUCAACUGAAAACCGUGGAUAAGACUAUGAAGCUGAAAUCUGGAAUUCACAGUUUCAUUAAGGUCUUCAAAGCAAAAAAACACAGGAAUACACCCGUGCACGCCAAUUUAAAUCAGAAUGCUUUUCAGGAAAUGAUGUACUCCCCAAGUCAACUUCACUUAUGGGAAGAUCUUACUGUGGAAACCGAGGCUCUCUUUUAA